GUCCCGUCCGGUCCCGUCCCGCGGUGCGGGCGGAUGGCCCCGCGGCGGGCACGGCAGCCGGGCUCGGGCCGUUGGUGACCGGUGGCCCGUGGGCUCGCAGCCGCGGAUGCCCCCGGGGGCCGGGCAGCAGGGGGGCCGCAUCCCGGGGCUCGCCGCGCCCCUCCGGCCCCCCAGGCCCCGGCGGGAGGCGGCGGUGAGCCCGGGCAUGGGCUUUUCUCUCCGGGCAGCGCUGCCCCGUGGCCUGUUGGUACCUGCGGACGGGUGCCCGGUGGAAAGUACCUUUUUCUCAUGAACGCUUCUAGCUCCUCACCUUGGGCUCUCGCCAUGGACACUAUGAAAACCACCUACAUCGUGCUGGAACUGAUCAUUGCCAUCUUGUCUAUCGCUGGCAACGUCCUGGUCUGCUGGGCCGUGGCCAUCAACAGCACCUUGAAGAACGCGACCAACUAUUUCCUGGUGUCCCUGGCAGUGGCUGACAUCGCCGUGGGACUCUUGGCCAUCCCUUUUGCCAUCACCAUCAGCAUUGGAUUCCAGGUGGAUUUUCACAGCUGCCUCUUCUUUGCCUGCUUCGUGCUGGUGCUGACCCAAAGCUCCAUUUUCAGCUUGCUGGCCGUGGCCAUCGACAGGUACCUGGCUAUCAAGAUCCCACUGAGUGAUUUUUGCAGCGCUUGGCUGAGGAUGUUGACCCUGCUGAGGUACAACAGUCUGGUGACGGGCAAGCGGGCAAGAGGCCUCAUUGCUGUGCUGUGGCUCCUGUCCUUUGGCAUUGGACUGACUCCACUUAUGGGCUGGAAUAAAGCCAUGAGUGGUUGUCCCAAUGCCACCAACGAGACAGGGGUGGACACUGGGACAGAGCAUCAUAGCUGCUUCAUCUCAUGCCUCUUUGAGAAUGUGGUAACGAUGAGCUACAUGGUGUACUUCAACUUCUUUGGCUGUGUGCUGCUGCCACUCCUUAUCAUGCUGGGAAUCUACAUCAAGAUAUUCAUGGUUGCCUGCAAGCAGCUGCACCAGAUCGAACUGAUGGGCAACUCCAGGACCACGCUGCAGAAGGAGGUCCACGCAGCCAAGUCUCUGGCCAUCAUUGUAGGACUUUUUGCCUUCUGUUGGCUGCCCCUGCACAUCUUGAACUGCAUCACUCACUUCCACGAGGAGUUCUCCAAAUCCAAGCCUGAGUGGGUGAUGUAUGUGGCCAUCAUCCUCUCCCAUGCCAACUCUGUCAUCAAUCCCAUCAUCUACGCCUACAGGAUCAGGGACUUCCGCUACACCUUCCACAAGAUCAUUUCCAAGAUCCUGUGUAAGUCAGAUGACCUCCCCAAGUGCACCACUGACAACAACCACCACCUGACUGUCACCAACAUUAGCUGUCCCACUGCCUCGGUGACCAUAUGACCGGGCACC